GGUAUGGAGCAGGAGGCGCCCGGACCAGGUGACUGUAAGACCUAGACAGGGCAGAGGGGCAGGGUGAGGCUGGGGAGAGGCAGGAAGAAGAGAAAACGGAAAGGUGCAGGAAGGGGCAGGAGACAGGGUACUGGAGGGUCUCAGAGCCACUCGGUCAUGUUGGGAGUAAAGCGACACCGGCUCUCAGGUUCCCCACAGAACCUAGUGCUGCCCCUGGCCCUGGCACUUCUGACCCUUGAGGUCGCGUGGGCCCAAGAAGGAUCAGAGCCAGUCCUGCUGGAGGGAGAGUGUCUGGUCGUCUGUGAGCCUGGUCGAGCGGCUGCAGGGGGGCCUGGGGGAGCAGCCCUGGGAGAGGCACCCCCAGGAAGAGUGGCAUUUGCUGCAGUCCGAAGCCACCACCAUGAGCCAGCAGGGGAAACGGGCAACGGCACUAACGGGGCCAUCUACUUCGACCAGGUCCUGGUGAACGAGGGUGGAGGCUUUGACCGGGCCUCAGGCUCCUUCGUGGCCCCUGUCCGGGGCGUCUACAGCUUCCGGUUCCAUAUAGUGAAGGUGUACAACCGCCAAACCGUCCAGGUAAGCCUGAUGCUGAACACAUGGCCUGUCAUCUCAGCUUUUGCCAACGACCCCGAUGUGACCCGGGAGGCAGCCACCAGUUCUGUGCUGCUGCCCCUGGACCCCGGGGACCGGGUGUCCCUGCGUCUGCGUCGGGGGAAUCUGCUGGGUGGCUGGAAAUACUCAAGCUUCUCUGGCUUCCUCAUCUUCCCCCUCUAAGGGCCCAGGCCUUAUGAGAACUGGAAUCCAACCCCUGACCGCUGCUUUCGGCCCUCUUCUAUCCCAGAAACAGCAUCUUUAGAGCAGGAGAGAGGCUCCCUCAGGCUGUAUGUAUCCCACCUCCUUGCAUGGGAUCCUGUGCUAAGCACCCAAGGCUGAGAGCAGAGACGAGCAGAGCUGUGGCAUUCUCUGGACCCGGUCCUUCUCACCCCCUAUCCCGUCCCACUUGCCCCUCCAACCUCCCACUGCUUCUCGUCAGGCCUGCGGCCCUAGGAUCAAGGCAAAGUGUGGUAGUUAGAGAGCCUGCACUGUUUUGCAGUCUCUGCUCCUCCUGUUUCCUCAUCCCAGCUUCCUGCUCAGUGCUAUUUGGGGACAGGUGGCACAGGUAAGCCUGUCAGGCCCCCACAGGGGCCCAGAUGGACCAGCCUCAGCGUACCCUGCAGGCUCUUUCCUGUGAGAAGUGCCAGCAUGGUGGAUCUGGGCCAGCACCAUUAGAAGCUGAGCCAGCACCAUUUGGGCCGGAACAAGAGGUUCAGCCACAAAUAGAAGUGUGGGGAGGGACAUAGAGCAGUCCGGAGCCUGUGGCUGGUGCGGCAGCGAGGGGACAUGCGCCUAGCUGAACGUGGUACACAUUCUGGGGAUUUACCAGGGCAGCUGCAAGCAGGCAUCCUGACCGGCCAUCUGCGGCAGGUCCCAGAAGGACUCUGGCCCUCAGCUCCCACAAGACUGGGUGUGUGUGUUUGUUCUGGCCAAAAACGGGCGUGGAGAGCUGGAGGUGGAGGUAGAAGGUCACACGUGGACCAUGGGACACAUUGGUGACCAUGCAUCCUCUUACUUGGCCACUUUCCGAACUGUUCUCUUUGAAGUCUGUUCUUCGAUCACUCCAUACUCAGAUUGUCACCUUCCUCCUCCCAGCUCUCUGUUACCUUCCCUCCACCUGUUCCAGCCCGUCCUCACCACCUGUCUUUUUAAUCCUAAUCCAUGCAGUCUUCUUCUUAAGCUUUCUGUUACCUGGGCUUCCAUAAUUCAUUUCUUCAACCACUCUCCUACCAGUAUCUUAAACUCUCUUUCACUUUCUUAUCCCAGCAUGGAUGAAUCCACCAAUAAAGUAACUAGAGAAUGGUGGUCAGAGAGACACUGUAGAAUCACUGAAGAAAGAAGAUGUCAUUGCAGUUUGAUCCUGCUUCUAGUACACAGCAGGUAAAGACACUCCCACUUGCCAUAUUCUGGCAAUGCGGCCAUCACAAGGAAAAUAGCAGGGAAUAGAAACAAGGUGGUGAACUUCUUAAAUCUAUGAAUCUAUAAUGAAAUUCAGAAAGGAAAAAGUCAGGUCAGCCUGUAUCCUGGUGGUUAAGGGAGCCAGGUCCCACAUGGCUGGC